AAUUCACCUACACAGUUCCUUCCCAUUUCACGCUACCAGAUCACCGACCAGAAUGUCGGUCCGCUAUGAAUCACGUGCACCUCCAUUAUUGGCCAGCACCCGUUCCACAUACUCGCCUGAUUCCGACUAACCUAACCCCACCACACACCUACCCGCACGAACCCGUUCUUAAUUCUAUAUCAAACUCUGCAAUACAUACUCAACAAUCAAGGCCGGCUGGCCCAAUGGCAAGGCGCUUGACUACGAAUCAAGAGAUUGCAGGUUCGACCCCUGCGUCGGUCAGUUCUUUUUGUAUUUUUUCCUAUAUGAAUUUUGUAUACUAUACACUGUAAAUGCUCGUGCCCUUCCC